AGUAUUUCGCGUCGCCUGCAGUCCGUGCGACGCAGAGUGCCUCGGCUGCGCGGGACCCACGAACGCGGACUGCGUCACGUGCGCUCACGUCGGCGUCACGGCCGUUGACAUGGCAACGCAGCAGACGAACGCUACAGACGCGGUGGUCUACUGCGUGGCCGCGUGUCCGGAUGGAUUCGAGGCGGCAGAUGGCGCUGUGUGUGCGGAGAAGGAGAGAAGAGGCUGGAUACUGUUGUUAAUGAUUGUCGGACUGGUGUUGCUACUGUCGGUUCCCCUCAGUCUUUAUCUGUAUCGCAAACAGAAGGCGGCGGAGAAGAAGAGAAAAACGAUGUGGAACGACCUAUGGGUGACCCCGGACGCUGGCGGCCAGCCGCAGCCGAACAGUCCGACCGACACGGCCGUGGAGAAUGCGGAAUACCUAUCGGCGUCUCGAGAGAACACCGCGGACAAUUGCGACGUUUCGACGCCCAUGAUAGCGGCCAGCAUUAAUGUGGAGCCACCGUCGCCCGGUCUGCCGCUACCGCCUCCACCGCAGCCGCUAUACGAGAGCAUCGUGGACCCCCUCUCCCCGCCGCCUCCUUCUGCAAUCAACCAGCAGCUGCUCAGUCCGACUAGAUACGAGAGAGACCGCGAGACGCCGUACGCCGUCGGCAAUCUCCAUGGAAACGCACACGCCAGUCCAGACUUCAGCGCGGGUAAGUACACACGCAUCAACUCCCCGAGCCUGCACGCGAAGGACCCGGAGUACAUGUCGACGUUCAAGGGCGCCGGAGCGUCACCUCGCGGCAACGUCGACCCGGACGCGACGCGCAUAAUCUACGUCGACAACAGAACGAUCGCCGCCAACCCCUACGCCAGCGCCACCGCCGCCGCCGCCGCGGGAGCAGACGACAUCGAGUUCGCAGACGAGUGGGAUGAUGACGAUGGCGGCGGCGCGGCGACGGACGGAUCAUAUCUGACGAUGGGGGCGGGAGUACAACCUACACCAUCCACACCCUCACACAUCCUCCCCACCCCUACACGUACAACCAUCCACACCCUACACAUCCUCCCCACCCGACACGCCUACACCAUCCACACCCCUACACCCCCCCCUAACACAUACACCAUCCGAACCCCUACACGUACACCAUCCUACCCAUACACUCCUUCCCCACCCCUACAC